UCGUUAUCAGUGAUGAGAGGACCGUCUGUUGGGGGUUGGACUGCAGCCAUGAUGUGCGCCACCAACAAGAGAAAACACUUCUAAUUUUAUGCCACAUCUUAGUCUCAAGCACUUUAUUCUUCGACAGCAAGUACUUGACCUCUAUCGACAAUCCGUUCGUGCUUGCAGAGUCAUACCAGACCGUAACACGCGUCGCGAAACACUUAAAUGGAUUCGCGGCGAAUUCGAACGAAAUAGAAACCUGAUAGAUGUGACCGAUAUCGAGGAAAAACUGAAACUUGGCCGACGAGAGUUGAAACAAAUAUUGCCUUGGACUCGGUGAAUGCGGCUGCGACGUCCUGGUACAAAGUCAGAACGAUGAAGCAGCUUUGAGAUGGAUUGCACACGGACAUGCCGAAAGCAGAAUAUUAGGUGACCACUGUCAAUGCAAUAGAUGCAGGUUGGUUAGUGGCACUGUCCUCCUUCAGCAAGGAUCUUCAACAGUCAAAGGCUUUGGUCAUAUGUGCGUAUUUUCCAGAGCCUUCCAUGUUCUUCCUACAACAGUAACAUGUACAUACGUCGAGCAUAUAUACGUGAGUCUUCUGUGCUUAAAAUAAACAAGGAAGAAUAUAGCAAGCAAUACAAAAUGAUGUAGAACCUUAC